UGUGAAAAUCUUGCCGCGAACCUACUAAGAUAAACACUUGUGAAAUACCUCACAAGCAGGUCUUAACACGGAAUUUUGAUUUCAUGAUUGUCAUUCCGUAGAAAUAGCAGCCUUAUGUUAAUUAUACCAAACAUCAAAUUCGAUAUGCCUAUAAUAUAGUUUAAAACAUGAAGUAUUUCUAAUUUAUAGAAAUUUGUCAAUUCUUUAAUUUGAAAAGAAUUCGGUCUAUCUUAUUUUUGUUUUCAAAAUCUCUUCUGUUUUUCAGUGUAUUAGAUUAUUUAUUUCAGUUUCGUCACGAAAAUUUUUUAAAUGAUUCCGACGAGAAUAUCUAGCUUAGUUCUGUUGCGUAAAAAUGGUUCUGUCUUGUUGGGAAUGAAGAAAAGAGGUUUUGGAAUCGGUAAAUGGAAUGGAUUCGGGGGGAAAAUAGAAAAAGGUGAAUCUAUGAUGGAAUGUGCUAAAAGAGAGUUGCUGGAAGAAGCUGGUAUAGUUGCCAAGUCUCUUGAAGAAGUAGGUUAUCUUGAAUUUGAAUUUAUAAAAGACCCUCUCAUUCUAAAGGUGCAUGUCUUUUCAUCAUCCAAUUUCCAAGGUGAACCACAAGAAAGUGAAGAAAUGCGACCCCAGUGGUUUCCAGAAUCUCAGAUUCCUUUAGACCAAAUGUGGGCAGAUGAUCGCCAUUGGUUCCCACUGUUUCUUCGAGGAGUAAAAUUCAAAGGUUAUUUUAAGUUCAUAGAUAUGAACACUAUAUCAUGGUAUCAGUUAGAGGAACUGCAACCAUCAACACCUCUUAAAUAAAGAGGAUCUAAUUAAAAAUUAAUGUUUUCUUCCUUGAUUUUUCCCCUAUAAAUUCCUUUUGGACUGCUUGUUAAGUCUAAUACUGCUUAUGUUUUUCCAUUCACAUUUCUCAUUGUAAAAAUAAGUAACUGAAAAAUAUAGUGGAUCAAUGCAACACGAUUAAAAGAUGAACCAAUAUA